CAGAACCGAGAACAGUAAAAGAGAGCGCGGGGGUUCCAAACGCUACAAAAAUGACGGAGAAAUUGGCUCCUGAAAAACGACACAAGUUUCUUCACAACGGUAAAAAGGUAUUCGAAUGGUAUCAAACUUUGGAAGAGGUAAAUUUUUAUAUAAACUUACCGCCAUAUGUUUGCUCCAAGCAGUUUUAUUGUAAGAUUCAGUCCAAACAUGUCGAAGUUGGAAUCAAAGGCAACGCCCCUUAUCUCGAUCAUGAUUUGUUCUCCCCUGUGAAGACAGAUUCAUCUUUCUGGACACUAGAGGAUGAUAUAAUGCACAUAACUCUGCAAAAGAGGGACAAGGGUCAGACGUGGUCGUCACCGAUACUAGGUCAGGGUCAGCUGGAUCCAUACGUCACCGAUCUCGAGUAGAAGCGUCUCAUGCUUCAGAUGUUCCAGGAAGAGAACCCAGGUUUCGAUUUCUCCCAAGCUCAGUUUACGGGAAGCUGACCUGAUCCAAGGACUUUUAUGGGCGGCAUCCGUUCUUAUUGACAGCCUUCAUAUGCUGGUUUGUUUACUUAUAUUUUGUUCAAGUAAAUAAACAAUCUAAUGUGCUUUCUCUUGCUUGGGGCAAGGCUUGAAUUAACUGAUCGACUCGGCCAUCAUUUUG